CCAAGCGUCGCCAACAGGUUGCAUCGUUCCCCGCGGCCGCCGCGCGGCCCCUCGGGCGGGGAGCGGCCGGGGGUGGAGUGGGAGCGCGUGUGUGCGAGUGUGUGCGCGCCGUGGCGCCGCCUCCACCCGCUCCCCGCUCGGUCCCGCUCGCUCGCCCAGGCCGGGCGGCCCUUUCGCGUGUCCGCGCUCCCUUCCCUCCGCCGCCGCCUCCUCCAUUUUGCGAGCUCGUGUCUGUGACGGGAGCUCGAGUCACCGCCGGCCCGUCGGGGACGGAUUCAGUGGGUGGAAGGAGACGCCGCAGCCGGAGCGGCCGAAGCAGCUGGGCGCCGGGACGGGGCACGCGCGCCCGGAAGCCCGGACCCGCGGAGCCCGGCGCGGGGCGGAGGGCUGUCUUGUCAGCUGGGCGAUGGGAGACUUUCUUAAAUAGGGGCUCUCCCCCCACCCAUGGAGAAAGGGGCGGCUGUUUACUUCCUUUUUUUUAGACAAAAAAAAUAUUUCCCUCCUGCUCCUUCUGCGUUCACACGCUAAGUUGUUUAUCUCUGCUGCGGCAGGAGCUGCGGACGGUGGCGGGCGAGCGGCUCCUCUGUCAGAGUUGAUAUUCACUGAUGGACUCCAAAGAAUCAUUAACUCCUAGUAGAGAAGAAAACUCCAGCAGUGUGCUUGCUCAGGAGAGGGGAAAUGUGAUGGACUUCUAUAAAACCCUAAGGGGAGGAGCUACUGUGAAGGUUUCUGCAUCUUCACCCUCACUGGCUGUCGCUUCUCAGUCCGACUCCAAGCAGCGAAGACUUUUGGUUGAUUUUCCAAAAGGCUCAGUAAGCAAUGCGCAGCAGCCAGAUCUCUCCAAAGCAGUUUCACUCUCAAUGGGACUGUAUAUGGGAGAGACAGAAACAAAAGUGAUGGGAAAUGACCUGGGAUUCCCACAGCAGGGCCAAAUCAGCCUUUCCUCGGGGGAAACAGACUUAAAGCUUUUGGAAGAAAGCAUUGCAAACCUCAAUAGGUCGACCAGUGUUCCAGAGAACCCCAAGAGUUCAGCAUCCACUGCUGUGUCUGCUGCACCCACAAAGAAGGAGUUUCCAAAAACUCACUCUGAUAUAUCUUCAGAACAGCAAAAUUUGAAGGGCCAUACUGGCACCAACGGCGGCAAUGUGAAAUUGUAUACCGCAGACCAAAGCACCUUUGACAUUUUGCAGGAUUUGGAAUUUUCUUCUGGGUCCCCAGGUAAAGAGACGAAUGAGAGUCCUUGGAGAUCAGACCUGUUGAUAGAUGAAAACUGUUUGCUUUCUCCUCUGGCGGGAGAAGACGAUUCAUUCCUUUUGGAAGGAAAUUCGAAUGAGGACUGCAAGCCUCUCAUUUUACCGGACACUAAACCCAAAAUUAAGGAUAAUGGAGAUCUGGUUUUGUCAAGCCCCAAUAAUGCAACACUGCCCCAAGUGAAAACAGAAAAAGAAGAUUUCAUCGAACUCUGCACCCCUGGGGUAAUUAAGCAAGAGAAACUGGGCACAGUUUACUGUCAGGCAAGCUUUCCUGGAGCAAAUAUAAUUGGUAAUAAAAUGUCUGCCAUUUCUGUUCAUGGUGUGAGUACCUCUGGAGGACAGAUGUACCACUAUGACAUGAAUACAGCAUCCCUUUCUCAACAGCAGGAUCAGAAGCCUAUUUUUAAUGUCAUUCCACCAAUUCCCGUUGGUUCUGAAAAUUGGAAUAGGUGCCAAGGUUCUGGAGAUGACAACUUGACUUCCUUGGGGACUCUGAACUUCCCUGGUCGAACAGUUUUUUCUAAUGGCUAUUCAAGCCCCAGCAUGAGACCAGAUGUAAGCUCUCCUCCAUCCAGUUCCUCAACAGCAACAACAGGACCACCUCCGAAACUCUGCCUGGUGUGCUCUGAUGAAGCAUCAGGAUGUCAUUAUGGAGUCUUAACUUGUGGAAGCUGUAAAGUUUUCUUCAAAAGAGCAGUGGAAGGACAGCACAAUUACCUAUGUGCUGGAAGGAAUGAUUGCAUCAUCGAUAAAAUUCGAAGAAAAAACUGCCCAGCAUGCCGCUAUCGAAAAUGUCUUCAGGCUGGAAUGAACCUGGAAGCUCGAAAAACAAAGAAAAAAAUAAAAGGAAUUCAGCAGGCCACUGCAGGAGUCUCACAAGAAACCUCUGAAAAUCCUGCUAACAAAACAAUAGUUCCUGCAACGUUACCACAACUCACCCCUACCCUCGUGUCACUGUUGGAGGUUAUUGAACCUGAAGUGUUAUAUGCAGGAUAUGAUAGCUCUGUUCCAGACUCAACUUGGAGGAUCAUGACCACGCUCAACAUGUUAGGAGGGCGGCAAGUGAUUGCAGCAGUGAAAUGGGCAAAAGCGAUACCAGGUUUCAGGAACUUACACCUGGAUGACCAAAUGACCCUACUGCAAUACUCCUGGAUGUUUCUUAUGGCAUUUGCCCUGGGGUGGAGAUCAUAUAGACAAUCAAGUGCAAACCUGCUGUGUUUUGCUCCUGAUCUGAUUAUUAAUGAGCAGAGAAUGACUCUACCCUGCAUGUACGACCAAUGUAAACACAUGCUGUAUGUUUCCUCUGAGUUACACAGGCUUCAGGUAUCUUAUGAAGAAUAUCUCUGUAUGAAAACCUUACUGCUUCUCUCUUCAGUUCCUAAGGACGGUCUGAAGAGCCAAGAGCUAUUUGAUGAAAUUAGAAUGACCUACAUCAAAGAGCUAGGAAAAGCCAUUGUCAAGAGGGAAGGAAACUCCAGCCAGAACUGGCAGCGGUUUUAUCAACUGACAAAACUCUUGGAUUCUAUGCAUGAAGUGGUUGAAAAUCUUCUUAACUAUUGCUUCCAAACAUUUUUGGAUAAGACCAUGAGUAUUGAAUUCCCAGAGAUGUUAGCUGAAAUCAUCACCAAUCAGAUACCAAAAUAUUCAAAUGGAAAUAUCAAAAAACUUCUGUUUCAUCAAAAGUGACUGCCUUAAUAAGAAUGGUUGCCUUAAAGAAAGUCGAAUUAAUAGCUUUUAUUGUAUAAACUAUCAGUUUGUCCUGUAGAGGUUGUUUUAUUUUUUAUUGUUUUCGUCCGUUGUUUUGUUUUAAAUACGCACUACAUGUGGUUUAUAGAGGGCCAAGACUUGGCAACAGAAGCAAUUGAGUCAUCACUUUUCAGUGAUGGGAGAGUAAACAGUGAAAUUUCAUUAGUUAGUAUAUCCCAGAAAUUAGAAACCUUAACAUGUGGACGUAAUCUCCAUAGUCAAAGAAGGAUGGCACCUAAACCACCAGUGCCCAAAGUCUGUGUGAUGAACUUUCUGCUCAUACUUUUUCACAGUUGGCUGGAUGAAAUUUUCUAGACUUUCUGUUGGUGUAUCCCCCCCCUGUAUAGUUAAGAUAGCAUUUUUGAUUUAUGCAUGGAAACCUGAAAAAAAGUUUACAAGUGUAUAUCAGAAAAGGGAAGUUGUGCCUUUUAUAGCUAUUACUGUCUGGUUUUAACAAUUUCCUUUAUAUUUAGUGAACUACGCUUGCUCAUUUUUUCUUACAUAAUUUUUUAUUCAAGUUAUUGUACAGCUGUUUAAGAUGGGCAGCUAGUUCGUAGCUUUCCCAAAUAAACUCUAAACAUUAAUCUUCUGUGUGAAAAUGGGUUGGUGCUUCUAACCUGAUGGCACUUAGCUAUCAGAAGACCACAAAAUUGACUCAAAUCUCCAGUAUUCUUGUCAAAAAAAAGCUCAUAUUUUGUAUAUAUCUGCUUCAGUGGAGAAUUAUAUAGGUUGUGCAAAUUCACCGUCCUAACUGGUAUAGAGCACCUAGUCCAGGGACCUGCUGGGUAAACUGUGGAUGAUGGUUGCAAAAGACUGAUUUAAAAAUCACUACCAAGAGGCCCUGUCUGUACCUAAUGCCCUAUUUUUGCAAAGGCUAUAUGGCAAGAAAGCUGGUAAACUAUUUGUCUUUCAGGACCUUUUGAAGUAGUUUGUAUAACUUCUUAAAAGUUGUGAUUCCAGAGAACCAGCUGUAACACAGCUGAGAGAAUUUUAAUCAGAGCAAGUAAUUCCUCUCACUAAACUUUACCCAAAAACUAAAUCUCUAAUAUGGCAAAAAUGGCUAGACACCCAUUUUCACAUUCCCAUCUGUCACCAAUUGGUUAAUCUUUCCUGAUGGUACAGGAAAGCUCAGCUACUGAUUUUUGUGAUUUAGAACUGUGUGUCAGACAUCCACGUUUGUAAAACUACACAUCCCUAAUGUGUGCCAUAGAGUUUAACACAAGUCCUGUGAAUUUCUUCACUGUUGAAAAUUAUUUUAAACAAAAUAGAAGCUGUAGUAGCCCUUUCUGUGUGCACCUUACCAACUUUCUGUAAACUCAAAACUUAACAUAUUUACUAAGCCACAGGAAAUUUGAUUUCUAUUCAAGGUGGCCAAAUUAUUUGUGUAAUAGAAAACUGAAAAUCUAAUAUUAAAAAUAUGGAACUUCUAAUAUAUUUUUAUAUUUAGUUAUAGUUUCAGAUAUAUAUCAUAUUGGUAUUCACUAAUCUGGGAAGGGAAGGGCUACUGCAGCUUUACAUGCAAUUUAUUAAAAUGAUUGUAAAAUAGCUUGUAUAGUGUAAAAUAAGAAUGAUUUUUAGAUGAGAUUGUUUUAUCAUGACAUGUUAUAUAUUUUUUGUAGGGGUCAAAGAAAUGCUGAUGGAUAACCUAUAUGAUUUAUAGUUUGUACAUGCAUUCAUACAGGCAGCGAUGGUCUCAGAAACCAAACAAUUUGCUCUAGGGGAAGAGGGAGAUGGAGACUGGUCCUGUGUGCAGUGAAGGUUGCUGAGGCUCUGACCCAAUGAGAUUACAGAGGAAGUUACCCUCUGCCUCCCAUUCUGACCACCCUUCUCAUUCCAACAGUGAGUCGGUCAGCGCAGGUUUAGUUUACUCAAUCUCCCCUUGCACUAAAGUAUGUAAACAGGAGACAGUAAAGUGGUGCUUACAUACUUAAAGGCACCAUCUAAUAGCGGGUUACUUUCACAUACAGCCCUCCCCCAGCAGUUGAAUGACAACAGAAGUUUGGCAAUAGUUUGCAUAGAGGUACCAGCAAUAUGUAAAUAGUGCAGAAUCUCAUAGGUUGCCAAUAAUACACUAAUUCCUUUCUAUCCUACAACAAAAGUUUAUUUCCAAAUAAAAUGAGGACAUGUUUUUGUUUUCUUUGAA